CACUAUAUGUGUUUUCGUGUGGAAGGAUCCGGGUGUAGAUUUAUUUCGUUCCGCAAGGUAGACCAUAUACAUAGGGGGCCGAAUGGAAGGGAAGUACGAGUUACCUAUUGUCGAUCUGGCAAAAGCCAAAACCGACAGGCAAGAAUUGGCGAAGAUUGUUGUGGAUGGUCUUGAGAACACGGGUUUCUUGUUUAUUGACAACGUUGAAGGUAUUGAAUUUGAUAAGUUAUACGAGUGCUGUCAGUGGUUCUUUACACAACCAGACGAAGAAAAAAGGCGUUUACAGAGAAAAAUUUGGAAUUCACAAAAUCGUAACAUUUAUCGCGGAUAUUUCCCUGUGGGGAAGGAUGAGCCGAGUAGAAAGGAAGGAUUUGAGUUUGGAAAAGAUAUCGAUCCAGAUGACCCAGAAGUUGCACCAGGGAACUGGUUCUAUGAACCAUCAGUAUGGCCAAAAGAAGAUGGCAGCUUUCCCUUCAAAGAAUUCUUGUUAGAUACCUAUGACGUCAUGCACCAACUGUCUCUGGAGAUCUUACGACUCACAUCAAUCGGUCUGGGAAUUGACGAGUUUUCAUUUGAUGAAAUAUUUUCCAAGCGGCCAUGUUCCACAUUCCGCCUAAUUCAUUAUCCAUCUUGGGAUGGAAAUCCGCCAAAAAAUGCCCGGAUUGAGGACGGAAAGGCAGUAACAACUCCCGACCAUACGGACUCCAAUUUUCUCACCCUUCUGACGACAUUUAACUUCAAAGGGUUAGAGGUACUCACUCAGAACGGGAAGUGGGCGGAGGUUGAACCCCGUCCCGGGAGCCUCGUUAUGAAUAUCGGGGAUGUAUUUUCACGCAUGAUGGGGGGUCGCUUCAAAGCAACAAGACAUCGUGUGAUUGAUAUUGGAAUCGAUCGAUUUUCUGUUCCUUUUUUCUUGGAGCCGCGAUACGAAGGAGACAUUGGAGUGAAUUUCAUGACGAAAGCUACGGGCAAGGGAGAGGAACACGUUGUAGAGAAAUAUGGACCCUGGGCCAUUUACCAGAUGAAACAUCUUAAAAAGUAUUUUGAGUAUAGGGAUUUACCAGAAUUUUAAACAGAGAAUAUGUAAAAAUUCUAAUCUGACAUUUUUUCUAUCAGACUGGUAUUUCCUGAAAAAUUGAUGAAGUUGCUUUCAAAUUAUGGAAAUUUCUGAAAUGAACAUAAUAUUGCAAAAAUGAA